GGGGCGGAAGGGGCGGGGCCGAGCGCACCGCUCCGCCGGAAGCGGCGCCGAGGACCCAUGGCGGCGCUGGUGCGAGCCGUGAGCUGCCAGACGGGGGUGACUCAGUGGGCAGCAGCAUGCACUGGGUUCUUACAGACAGCCACAGGCCAGGGCCAGCACGGACGGAUGCUCAGUGGUAUCUUCCAGAGACACAAGACUGUCCAGUUCCCACUGUCUAAAUCCUGUGAUGGAUUGAUUCAAGCCAAUAGAGCCAUUACACAGCAAAGCAGAUCCUUUUACAACACAAACAAGCAUCUUACUGCAAAAGAUUCCUUGCAGCCAUCUGAAGAGAAAGUGGGUGCUUUCACGAGGAUAAUAGAAGCAUUGGGUUUCACGGGGCCGCUGAAGUAUAGCAGAUGGAAAAUUAAGGUGGCGGCGUUGCGCAUGUACACAUGCUGUGUGGAGAAAACUGACUAUGAGGAAUUUUUUAACAGGUGCCAAAUGCCUGACACUUUGAAUUCAUGGUUUCUAGUGGCCCAGCUUCACGUCUGGAUGUGUCUGGUGCGAAUGAAGCAGGAGGGCCGCACUGGGAAAUACAUGUGUCGCUAUAUAGUCCACUGCAUGUGGGAGGAUGUUGAGCAGCGCGGUAAGGUGAUGGGGAUUAAUUCCGUUGCUCUAAAGGAAGAUUUGAGAAGUAUGGUAGAAAAUUUCUAUGCAGCUCUAUUUGGAUACGAUGAGGGAAUCUUGUCUGAUGAUCAUGUUCUGGCAGCAGCUCUUUGGAGAAACCUUUUCAACAGGAACUGUGAGGACCCUCGGCACCUGGAGCUACUCGUGGAGUAUGUGCGCAAACAGGUGCAGCACCUGGACGCGCUGAGCGGGGAGGACCUGCUGCUGACGGGCGAGGUGACCUGGAGGCCACUGGUGGAGAACGAUGCCCGCAGCAUCCUCAAGCCCCGCUCCCCCGUGUACAACGACGAAGGACUCUGAGGGGGCUGGCGCCUGACAUCUCCAUCAGUUUGUCAGAUCAGCCUGGGGAGCGUGCCUGGAACUGAACUGGGCUGAGGCUGUGGGGUCAGGAAGGAAAAAUCUGCUGUUGGAAAGAAAAUAUUUAAUUAGAUGUCCUGUCCGUGGUGACUCAGUAGCAAAUUGGACAGCCAUACUCUUCUGAAUAUUCACCCGCAAAUAAACGCUAGUUGGUUUGAGAACCUCUGUUCUUUUCAUGGCACUGAGCGGUCCUUGCUGACAAACUGAAAGACCUGCCUUCUGUCUUUAGGAAACCAGAGAUUUUACCGUGACUUAAAGUCAUCUUGAGGAGACAUCUCUGUCCUUUGCCUUGUUUGGAGCUGCUGUGUAGAGACCCAGCGGUGUUCCUCUGCUCGCUGAAGGGUUGUGAAUGCAAAUCUGAGCUUCGCGUAUUCAAUGUAUUAAUGUAUUUUAAAAGCCUGUUAUCAAGAUGGAACGGUCCAUUUUUGCUUUAGUGGAGUUAAGAAUUGCUUUAACAGAAGGGUUUUCUGUGAAAAUCCUUUUUAGGAACUCUGCUCUGUUGCACAGGGAUAGGAGGAUGCAAAGAGUAAUGCAUAGUCCCCACUGAGCCCUAUGGCUCUAGCCAUUUUCAUGAGAAUAAAGUCUAAAAGGUGGCUGGGCUGUCACUAAAAGCUACCUGAGAGCACUGGGUAUUAUUUUGGUCUGCCUUGCUGAUAUUUCCAUAUUCUUUUUAGGGUUGUGCUGUAAGAAUUUCUUUAUGACUAGAACAUCCCUGUUUUCUGCCCGUGGCUCUCGGUGGGACAGGACCAUGCUGUCCUGUGUCCCCCAGAGCACUCCAGGGCUUUUUAACCAGACCUGUCAGCUGGCAGCUGCCUAGGGCCGGGCAGAGGGUGACACCAGGGCAGUAAUUAGGGGAGCAGGAGCUCCGCUGAUGAGGUCAGCAGAGGCCCAGGUGCCCUGUGUGGGUGGAUGGUUCACCAGGCUGUUUCCAGGUCAGUAACAAAAGCAGUUUUCAUUUCUCUCCUGUCUAAAAUCCUAGUCCAUAAUAAAUGUCAGUCUGGGUAACAUUGUGUGUGUUUUCUGUGCCACGUGUGCUUUUGAUAAGAAUGAGCCCUGUAAUAUCAGGAUUUAUUCCUAAUAAAACCAUUAAACAAAAGUCAAAGGUGAUAA